GUGCCCCACAGCGCUCCUAACCAGAUGUUACAAGCGGAUUAAAGGUAUUUCCACCGUUUUGGCUGCUGUUGUGACGUUUUCAGCAGCCUCAGGUGAACUCAGCGCUGGGAUCUAUUGUGGGUGUGCUGAUGCAUCCUUGAAAAGCGGACCAUGACCUUGGGUUUUGGCUGAGUAAGACAGGACAGAAACGCGGCGCGCCCCCGGCUGCCUGGAAACGGCGCAUCCUCUGUUUUUCAUUUCAGUCACGUCGCUUUGCUCAGAUUUGAGAUGAAGCACAAAGAAGUGCGCGCUAAUCCUCCCCACGUUUAAUCAGCAAUCUGGUGUAUUUUUAACGAGCAAUCCUCAGCCUCGACGCGUCUUUUGUCCUGAUUUAGGGCUGGUUCUGUGUGAACGCACCCCCCAGCGCGCCCUCACCGACUAUCGGCAGCGCCUGCAUCCGACCGAGCCACUGCGCCUCGCCGGGGAGAAGAAGAAGCACGAGAGAAAAUCAACAGAAGCGGGCCUGGACCGUUCUUUUGGAACUGGAGCAGUUUUAGAGAGAUCAGUGAUGCAGAUGCUCAUCGGUCAUAAUAAACAAAGAUGCUAUGAGAGCAGCUGAGCAGCCUUUUGAAAGGGAGACGGCAUGUGUCCAGUUGCGCGGCUGUGAGACGCCUGCAGCUCUGGUCCUGAAUGCAGCGGAGAGAGACACCUAACCGGGUGUCACCGACAGUCAGCCCCGGAUGCUGCGCCGCAGGAUGGCAUACUCCGACCCAUCGUCGGGUAAAGAUUUACUGGGCAGUAGAUCGCUGUGUUUCAUAUUUAUUUGCGCAUUUGGACUCGUCACGCUUUUGCAGCAAAUUCUUUAUGGAAAAAACUACAUCAAGAGUGCACAACAGUUUAGCCGACUCAAAGGGGACGAGACCGGAAAUUGGACCGGCCCCGUUAAUUUCUUCGAUGAUGGAUCUCUGAGGCCUGCCAGAAAUGGAAGGAAAAGAUGUUUUCGUCAGAAUUUUCAGCCAGAUUCACAGAUCUCCGUAGUAAUCACACCCUGCCUAGCCGAUAUUAAGAAGAAAAAAAAACGCUCUCAAAGGUAUCUGGAUAACUACGAUGGCAGUUUUGAAUACAACUCCACUGCGUGCAGGGAGCUCCGACAAGAGAUUAUGGACGUCAAAGUCCUGACAAUGGUGAAAACCUCAGAGCUGUUUGAGAGGUGGAGGAAUCUGCAGGUGUGCAGGUGGGACCAGAACAAGGAAGAGACCAGUAACUUUAAGAUGUCCCUGUCCCGCUGCUGUAAUGCUCCAUCCUUUUUGUUCACCACCAAGAGGAACACCCCUGCAGGGACCAAACUGAGGUAUGAGGUGGACACCAGCGGGAUCCUUCCCAUCACCUCCGAGAUCUUUAAGAUGUUUCCAGAUGAUAUGCCGUAUUCCAAAUCGCAGUUCAAAAGGUGUGCCGUCAUUGGGAACGGUGGCAUCAUCAAGAACAGCAAAUGUGGAAAAGAAAUAGAUUCAGCAGAUUUUGUUUUCAGAUGCAAUGUACCACCCAUCAAUGACAAGUACUCAGCAGAUGUUGGUACAAAAACCAACCUGGUGACAAUAAAUCCAAGCAUCAUAACUGAGAGAUUUCAGAAGCUGGAGAAAUGGCGUCGUCCCUUUUACGAGGUCCUCCAGAAUUACGAGAACUCCUCGGUGGUGCUGCCCGCCUUCUACAACACCCGCAACACCGAUGUCUCUUUCAGAGUCAAGUACAUGCUGGAUGAUUUUGACUCCCAGAGAGGCGUGUUCUUCUUCCACCCGCAGUACCUUCUGAACGUGCAGCGUUUCUGGGCAGUGCAGGGCGUGCGAGCGAAACGGCUCAGUAGUGGCCUGAUGCUGGUGACUGCUGCCCUGGAGCUAUGUGAGGAGGUCCACCUCUACGGUUUCUGGGCAUUUCCCAUGAACCCCUCUGGCAUCUUCAUCACUCACCACUACUAUGACAACGUCAAGCCGCGGCCAGGAUUUCACGCUAUGCCACAUGAAAUUUUUAACUUCCUUCACAUGCACACGCGUGGAAUCAUCCACGUGCAUACGGGGAGAUGUACGUGAUCCUUUAUCACUUCUAUUUACCCCAGUUUUUUAUUGGUGUUUUAUUGUGUUUUUCUAUCACAUUGGUUCAUGACUAUUGUUUGGCUUUGGAAGCACAUUCACAGCAAAUUCACUUGCUUGCUUGAAGAUACUCCUGUCUUCAGAGACACUCCUUUCUGCUGUGAUACCGUGGUUCACUCGGUCCAUAGAAUGCUUGUUUUAGUGUGAACAGUGGUCCUCAUAGUGAUGUGCUAUUGUGAGGUCUUCCAGUGGCUCUGCUGUACAGAGGUGUUGUUUUCUACUCAACUGCACAGAUACUUACACAGUAAUGAGGCUGCAGCGGGUGUCUUUGUGCCCCCUGCCGCUGUGGCAGCUUAAUGUUUGUGUCAAAUGACGCCUAAACCUUGUCAUUUAUCAAAUAGGAGAGAAAUAUGUAAUUGUAACAUCUAAUUGUUUACUUUUGUAAUCUAUUUCCUACCAACUAGAUUGGCUUUGUAAAUAUUUUAAAGCACUGUCAGUUUUUUGCUGAUUUUCUCCCAUCAUUGCUGUUGAUGCAUAGACAUAGUCUUUGGGGGUGGGGUGGGGAAGACACAUAACCCCCCACUGUUUCCAAAGUAAAUUUUUGACCCCUGCACUUUUUACUGUCCAAAAACAAUAUUACGCUACAUUAAAUAGCCACUGGUUGACCACUAGGACCAAGUGGAAAACAACCGUUUGUGUUGAAGCCUGUUUCCAGUUAAAAGUUACUGUAAAGACCCCCCCCCCCCCCCCCCCUUCUGAAAUCAAAACUACGUCUUUGUGGUGAUGAAUCUGCAAAUGUUUAGAAGAGACAAAUUUCCCCCUUCUCCUAUCUGUCAACUUUUUUGGACAAAAGCCAGAUAAAUUCUCAGCAAAUCUUUGAUAUCUUGUAAAGCAGCACGUUGCCGCAGAGCAACCCAGCUGUCUUUUUUGUCUUAAGCCAUUUUGCCUUAUGAGGUCUGAAACAUGAUGUGCAGCGCACCCAUGUGCAAAUGCUCAUCUACAAAUACAUUAACAUGAAAUCAGAUAUUGGGUUGGCUCCUGGCAUAAAAGAAAUGUCCAACUUGCUACGGUGUAGAGAUGUUCAUGCCCGUUUUGGCUCAUGCUAUGCUGGAACUGCUCUUUGUAAACUUUAUUUUAGCAAUGAAAUGCUGUGCAUGAAAUUAUUCUAUCCUUGGCUUUGUGUGUGCCUGCUUCAAUGAUUAGUGGAAUAUGUUUACACUUAAGCCUCUACCGAUCCCAGUGCUUUUAGAGACGCAGACACGAAUCCUUUCACGACUGAUUAAAUGGAUUGUAUAGAUUAGUUCUCACUGAUUAUAGGUGCAACAUCAAAAAGGGUUGCAGUCAUUUGGUGUUUUUAUUUUGCAGCUCUUUUUUUUUUACUGUUUUUCUAAAGUAAGAAUUAAUUUUGCAACAAAGCAAGAAUUUAGCUGGAAGAUUGUGCAGAUUACGCAGAUUUGGUAUAUGAGAAAUUUUAAAAUACUUUAAAAGUCUUUAGUUUAUGUUUUGCUGCCUACUCAUCUGUUACUUUUUACUGCAAUCAAAGGAUGCUUCAAUGCUAAGAUUUAUAGUUGCUGUUUCUUUAAAAAUUUCUAUGAUUUUGUUUUGUGGAAGAGGAAAUGUGUUGUUUAAAUUUUAACAUUAAAUGGUGACUAAAUUAUUAAAUUGUUUCACAUGAAUCAUGACUCAACCACAAAUGGAAAUUGAAGUAUUGCUGGUGUCUGUACUGACUGGAGGUAUUUACAGUCAAACUUUGAUUAUGCUUUAUACAGGUAUUGUGCUUGUAAAUAAAAUUGUUUGAUUUUG